CAACAAGAGCUUCUGCUGACUUUUUCCUCCCGUUCUGGGGGGGCAGAUCUUGAGAACAGGGUCAGUGUGGAGGCUGGGGGUCGGGCAUCUGCCCCGGGGGCCUCUUGAAGGAUAAAUAUCCAUCACAUACUUUAUGUACAUUUCGAUCACAAUCUUUGAUGGAAGCUCUUCUCGCACAGGAUCAUUCUCAGAUCGUCAUGUUUAUUGAGGAAUCUAGAACCAUUCAAGGGAACUGAAGAUCCUGUACAAGUUCUGAGUAGAUCUUGCGCUGCGCUCGUACGCAGAUGGCCGAGCAGGCAGCGGAGGAAACGUUUACAUGCCCUGAAUGCGGAAAAUGUUUCAUCACAAAAUCAAAACUCGCCAAACAUAAGCAGAUCCACAAAGGAAAGAAGCAUUUCAAAUGUCAAGAAUGCGGGAAAUGCUUGACCACAAAGGUUGGGCUUGAUAAUCACGAGAGAAAGCACAGCGGGAUGAAGCCGUUUGCGUGUCUGGAAUGUCAGAAAUGUUUCUUCACAAAGUACGAACUUGUUGUUCACGAGCGAUGUCACACGGGAGAGAAGCCUUAUGCGUGUUCAGAAUGCGACAAAAGUUUCAUCACGCAAUCCGCGCUAACCAGGCAUUUGCCGACUCACACCGAGGAGAAGCCAUUCUCGUGUUUGGAAUGCGGGAAAUGUUUCUCUAGAAAGGUCGUGCUUAGAAAUCACGAGAGGAAGCACAGCGGCGUGAAGCCAUAUCCGUGUCUGGAAUGUGGGAAAUGUUACUUGACAAAGUACGAGCUUGUUAUUCACGAGCGAUAUCACACGGGGGAGAGGCCGUUUGCAUGUGCUCACUGCCCAAAAUGUUUUACUACGAAGUCGAGGCUUAAUAGACACGAGAGGUUUCACACCGAGACACCAUUUGCCUGUCCCGAGUGUGGAAAAUGUUUCAUCACAAAACAGGGACUUACCCGACAUGAGCGGCUUCACACGGGGGAGAAACCCUUCGCGUGUUCGGAGUGCGGGAAAUGUUUCAUCACGAAGCCCGAGCUCGAUAGACAUAAAGGAUUUCACGUAGGGUUAAAGCCGUUUGGAUGUUCUGAAUGCGGAAAGUGUUUCUAUACAAAAGCUCAUCUUAACAAACAUAAGCAAUAUCACACGGGGGAGAAGCCCUUCGCGUGUUCAGAAUGCGAAAAGUGUUUUAUCACAAGGACGGAGCUCAACAGACACCUGCGAUGCCACACAGGAGAGAGACCUUUUUCAUGUCUUCUGUGCGCAAAAAGCUUUUAUACAAGUGAAAAUCUCAGCAAACACAAGCGGACUCACACCGGGGAGAAGCCGUUCGCGUGUUCGGAAUGCGGGAAACGCUUUUCCAGAAAGGCUCUGCUCGACAAUCACGAGAAGAAGCACAGCGGGGUGAAGCCGUUCCCAUGUCUGGAAUGCGGGAAAUGUUUCUUCACAAAGUACGAACUUGAUAUCCAUGAGCAGAAUCACACGGGAGAGAAGCGAUUUGCGUGUCCGGAAUGCGGGAAAAGCUUUUCCAGAAAGACUGUGCUUGAUAACCAUCAGAAGAAGCACAGCGGGGUGAAGCCGUUCGCGUGUCUGGAAUGCGGCAAAUGUUUCUUCACAAAGUAUGAAGCUAUUAUUCAUGAACAGAGUCACACGGGAAAGAAGCCUCACGUGUGUUCCCACUGCCCGAAAUGUUUCACCGCAAAGUCAAAGCUUAUAAGACACGAGAGAAUUCACACCGGAGAGAGACCGUUUCCGUGCGCUGAAUGCGGGAAACGUUUUCAUACGAAAGAACACCUCAGGGAGCACGAGCGGAGACACAAGGGGGAGAAGCCAUUUUCAUGUUCCGCGUGUGAAAGAUGUUUCGUCACAAAGGCCUUGCUAAUUAGACAUGAAAUAUAUCACACGGGAGUGAAGCCGUUUGCCUGCUCUGUAUGCGGAAAAGGUUUCUGUACGAAGCCCGAACUCAACAGACACCUGAGAUUUCACACAGGAGAGAGACCCUUUCCGUGUCUCGUGUGCGAGAAACGAUUUUACACGAAAGAACAUCUCAAAAAACACGUGCAGAGACACACGCGAUAGAAGCCGGUCGCGUGUUGUGAACGUGGAAGAGGUACUAACUCAAAAAGACAACGUUAGUAUCCUUUCACUAAGGAGACAAAUAAUUUGAUAUAACGGGUGGGGAGCUGUCCUCAGAAUUUAUGUGUCUGUUAGUAUGUUCUGUUUGGAAUUAAACUUAUAAGUAAUAAAAAUACUACACGCGGAGCGCA